AGACGCAGUCGCGUGUGUUGUGAUCGACAGGAAGCUUUGUUUCAUGCUGACGCUGCUCAGGAGCUGCUCGUUGCCAUGGAACCGGCCGACAGCACAGAUCUACGCUGAGGGUCAUUGUGAUUGCAGAUGGAGAUGUCGGCAGCAGGAAACCCAGGGACUGGACGCCAGCAGCGCUCGGCGAAGAGGAGGAGGUGGGGGGGUCUGAGGCAGCAGUGGAAACUUCUGGGCCUGUUUGAGAUCGAUCAGCAGCACGAGUUCUACAGCCUGACCUGCAUGAUGAAGGAGGGGCUGUCAGCCGCCAUUCAAAACACCAGCAGCAGCAGCGCAGCCACAACUGAAGUGUCAGACGAUGAUUUCAGAUCAGAGGUUUCUCAGAUUCACAAGGACUUCAUCAUGCAGACGUUUGCAGGCCCGGUGUUUUCCAGCCUGCGCGGCUCGUUGGGGAUGACGGAGCAGGAGUAUAAGCAGUCGCUCUGCUCUGACAGCUGCUACCUCCAGUUCAUCAGUAACUCUAAGAGCAAGGCCGACUUCUUCCUGACAAAUGAUAAACGCUUCUUUCUGAAGACCCAGAACAAAAGGGAAAUCAAAUUCCUUCUGUCCAACCUGAAGAUCUACACGGAACAUCUGAGGAGGUACCCCCAUUCCCUGCUGGUCAAGUUCCUAGGUGUUCACAGGAUCAAAGUCCCACACAGACGGAAGAAAUACUUCAUCGUCAUGCAAAGUGUGUUUUAUCCAGAUGAUCGGAUCAAUGCCAGGUACGACAUUAAAGGCUGUGAGGUGAGUCGCUGGACGGAGCCGGCCCCGGAGGGAGGCCAGAUUAUUGUGGUUCUCAAAGAUCUGAACUUUGAAGGGCAACACAUCACACUGGAGCGGCAGCGUCCAUGGCUCCUGCAGCAGGUGGAGAUCGACACAAACUUCCUGCGGCAGCUCAACGUGUUGGACUACAGUCUCCUCCUCGCCCAUCAGCCCCUGCAGGACGACGAGCGCCACCAGAGUCUCUCCUUCGCAACUCUCAUCGUGAGAACCAAGAAAUCUGUGAAUCCAGGCUCCAGCCCGGUCCAGUUGGGCGCAGCUGCCGUCCCAGGUGAAGUCCCGCAGGACGACUCCAUCUUACUUUUGUCUGAGGGGGACGGAGGAUGUUUGAAGUCUCCACAAGCAGGAGAAGCAUCGAGCGGCUGCACGCUUCACAGCUGCCCAGAGCCCGCUGAGCCAGGCAGCGAUGCCACUGAGCUCCCGGACUUCAGGGCCCAAAACCGACGUCUGCUACCCGACCUGAAGAAUCCUCUGCACGUCAUCGACGGGCCCGAACAGCGCUUCUUCAUCGGCAUCAUUGACAUUUUCACGGUUUACAGUUUCAAGAAGAGGCUGGAGCAUUUGUGGAAGAGGCUGAGACACCCGGGCCGCUCCUUCUCCACCGUCAGUCCACAGAAGUACUGCGUCAGGCUCUGUCGGUGGGUUCAGGACCACACCCAGUAGUCUGGGAUUCUCAGCUCUGACCUGAUUGAUGCAGCUUUAACGAUUCAUGCUUGAGCCCGAUGUCUGCAAACACACAAUGAUGUAACCUGAGUCCAGUGGAUAAAGGUGUGAG